GCGCCGGCCUGGGCGCUUGAGGCGGUCUGCGUCAGCGCAGGUUUGACCCCUCACGCCACUGAGGGCGGAGGGGUAUUGGGGAUCGCCGCGGCCAGAGGAGGUCCGAAGACCAUGGUGAAGCUGACCCGAUUCCACCAGAUUCGGCGGGAACUGCCCAGGACGUUCAGAGGUGGCCCAGGGAAGCGGGGACGCUGAUGUGUGCUCCACAGCUCCGCCGCCCCACCGCCAAAAGAGGAGAGAGGCUGGAGGUUGAAUUCCUCACCAGUAGCCAAUGCUGUAAUCAGUGAAACCUAUGUAAUGGAACCUUCAUCAAAACCCUAAACUAUGGGGUUUGGACAGCUUCCAGCUGCAGGACUCACUACACCCCGUGUGCUUAUCUAGAAGCUGGAGAGGUCGGUUUACAGCCUGGACGCAUGACCCGCCCAACUGUGGGUCUUCUCCGGAGUUUCCUGUCCUUGAUCCAGAGAGAUGUGAGAUCAAGGCAACAGCUCAGAAAGCAAGGAUGGAGGGAUUUUUGAGCAUCUCCCUCUAGGGCUCUGAGUUGGGAGAAACCUGGAAACACCACGGUGGGUUCGAGGACCCACAGGAAAACCAGGAUAGCUGUCUAAAGCCAGAAGCGAUGGCCCACAAGGGAGACCCUGCAGAGGACUGCGUCCAGGAACUCAGUGAACUCAGCCAAACCCCAAGAACCACAUUGAAUCCUGCUGCUACCCAAGCAGUCUUCCCUGGGGACAGCAGGCCGCAGAGGAGCUGCACACCAGGGAAGAGCCCCAAGCAGAAGCAUGCGGAGGCCGGCGAGGGGGAGAAAGCUGGCAGCCACAAGAAGAAGUGGAAAUGCAAGGACUGUGGGAAGGCCUUCAGCUACUGCUCCUCAAUCAUCUUGCACCAAAGAAUCCACACCGGGGAGAAGCCGUUUGCGUGCGCCGAGUGCGGUAUGGCCUUCAGACAGAGUGUACACCUGACCCUGCACCAGCGCACGCACACAGGCGAGCGGCCCUACAAGUGCAGUGAGUGCAGCAAGGCCUUCAGCAACCGCUCCCACCUGAUCCGUCACCACAUCACUCAUACUGGGGAGAAGCCCUACAAGUGCAGUGCCUGUGGCAAGGCCUUCAGCCGGGGCUCGUCCCUCACGCGGCAUCAGCGCACGCACACGGGCGAGCGGCCCUACACCUGCCAUGAGUGCGGCGAGGCCUUCAGCAACCGCUCCCACCUGCUCCAGCACCACAUCAUUCAUACUGGGGAAAAGCCCUACAAGUGCAGUGCCUGUGGCAAGGCCUUUAGCCGAGGCUCAUCUCUCACACGACAUCAGCGCACACACACGGGCGAGCGGCCCUACGUGUGCCAGGACUGUGGCAAGCGCUUUAGCAACCGCUCACACCUCAUCCAGCACCACAUCAUACAUACCGGGGAGAGUCCCUACAAGUGCCUGCAGUGUGGGGCCACCUUCAGUUACGUGUCGUCCCUCAUUGAUCACCAGAAGAUCCACACCACAGAGCGGCCCUACAAGUGCAGCGAGUGCGGCAAGGCCUUCAUUCAGAGCUCAUCACUCACGCUGCAUCAGCGCACACACACAGGUGAGCGGCCCUACAUCUGCCAUGAGUGUGGCAAGGCCUUCAGCAACCGCUCCUACCUGAUCUGGCACCACAUCAUUCAUACCGGGGAGAAGCCCUACGAUUGCAGUAGCUGCGGCAAGGCCUUCAGCCGGGCCUCAACCCUCGCGCAGCAUCAGCGCACGCACAGAGGCAAUCAGCCCUACACCUGCCAAGGUGAGCGGCCCUACACCUGCCAGGAGUGCGGCAAGGCCUUCAUCUGGGGCUCAUCCCUCAUGCGGCAUCAGCGAACGCACACAGGCGAGCGGCCCUACAAGUGCAGCGAGUGCGGCAAGGCCUUCAUCGAGGGCUCGUCCCUCACGCGGCAUCAGCGCACGCACACAGGUGAGCGGCCCUACACCUGCCAGGAGUGUGGCCAUGCCUUCAGCAGCCGCUCCCUCCUGAACCAGCACCACAUCAUUCAUACUGGGGAGAAGCCCUACAAGUGCAGUGCCUGCGGCAAGGCCUUCAGCUGGGGCUGGUCCCUCACACUGCAUCAGCGCACGCACACAGGUGAGCGGCCCUACACCUGCCACGAGUGUGGCAAGGCCUUCAGCAGCCGCUCCCACUUGAACCAGCACCACAUCAUUCAUACCCGGGAGAAGCCCUACGAGUGCAGUGCCUGCGGCAAGGCCUUCAGCUAUUCCUCGACCCUCAUCCGACACCAGAGGACACACGCAGACAAGAAGCACUACUCAUGUGGCCCCGGUGGGGACACCUUUGCUCAGCUCCCACACCUGACUCAACACCUGGGCUCUUACAGGGAGGAGAAGCCUGGUCACAGUGGUGACCUUGCAGAAACCUGUGUGGACCAGCAGAAGAGCUGAGGUGUAACGGGCCUGUUAUAUACCAGGCACUCCACUAGGCAUUUUUAUGCCUCAUUCCCAACCUCACGACACUAUGGGGGAGAUAUAGCAGAUGACUGUGUCAUCCCUAUGCUACUUGUGAGGAAACCAAGGCUCAGAGUAGCUCAGUAACUUACCUGAGGUCACACAGCAAGGAAGACACAAGGCUGGGGCUGGACCCAACACCUGCCAGACUCCCCUCCACUACCUCCCUGGAAUUAUAAAUGUGGCAUGGGUAAGUAGACCCACAAAAAUACCUGUGGGUCUCUGGCUGGCCUUCUAAUUAUUAAUUUUAUGAUUGAGUAGGUACUUGCUUAAUAAAUUUAAUUGAAUAGAAAGGAAUAACAGGUUGCUGAAGUUGGCAUAUUUACUAAAGGAGCAGGGUCUGAAGAAGAAAUCUGGAUCUGCUAGGAUACAAACAGUGCCUAGAGAAAAUGAGCAGGAGAAAUCUAGAGCAGGAAGAGUUGUUCUAGAAGAAGGAAAUGCCUCUCCCCUGACACAUCUGAAAAGAAGGAGUCUUAGAGUGGAGCCAGUCAUUUUACAAUAUGAGGAAACACCACUGCCACCCCAGCUUUUUUUCCCAAAAAUCUAAAAAAUCCUGACUAAUAGUUGCAUUUGAUAGCCCUUGCUGUGUCACAAAUCAUUCAGAACCCAGUUGUCCAUUGAAUAUUUCUUAUGCAUCUACAGAUCAGCUGGGUGGUUCUGUUGGUCUGAACCAGGCUUGAUUGGUCUUGGCUGGACUCACUUAUGCAUCAGCAAUCAGCUAAGAUGGGAGCCGGAUAGUCCGGUACGCUCUGCUGGGCCAAUUCAUCUUUCCUCCUGGUGACUCACAUCUAACCUGGGUGUGUUCUCAGGGUGGUAGCAAGGGUCUGAGAGAGAGUGGACACACACAAGUAUAGUUUCAAGCUUCUGAUAUAGUCAAGUUUGCAUCUAGGCCCAUUGACCAAAGCAAGCCUCAUAGCCAAGCCCAGGAGCAGUGUAGGCAGAGCCUGUGCAGGAGUGUGGCCGGAGGGAAGAGUGACAGUGAGAAUCAUUAAUGCAGCCCAACUACUAUAAUGGUGAAAUAAAAGUUAUAAUCACAUAACUUUCCAAAACUAGAAUCUUGACAAAAUUAUGGGAAUACAUCCAUGUGGUCCACAAUUUAUAAACAAACAAAAAUCUUGUGUCCCCUUGCUACCAAGUUCCUUUCACUAGAAGCAAUCACUUACUGUGUGUGUGUGUGUGUGUGUGUGUGUGUGUGUGUAUAUAUAUAUAUGAAUAUUUCUUUGUAUGUACAAUAUGCUGGAAAGAUAUAUAGCACACCUUUCUACACAAGUGGUAUCGUAUGGUACUCACAUUUUUCUGUCUGGCUGUUUUUCGUUAUUUUUUGUUCUGAGACAUCUUGUGUUAGUAGACAAAGGGUUAGAUGUUAUUCCUUUAUGAAGUAUAGGCAUAAGAUUUCUUAUGUAAUAGAAUAAUUUAUGAUUGUUUUGGUCUUCCCCUGUGACUCAAUUGGCUCCAGAAAAAAAAAAUCCCUGAAAAAUAUAUUUCAGUUAGAAGAAUGCUUUUCUUACAAGGUUGACCAAUAAAUUGUCCUGUGUCAUAGGACAACAUAGGUCCCUUCUGCAUAGAAAAAGAACCCACCACAUUUUAAAAUUUUGUAACAAUAUUUUUCAAUUAUACAGAAAAGUAUAAAGAUAAUAAAAGCUCAUAUAUAUAUGUAUCCACCCAGACUGAAUACUAUUUUUUAAAAACCAUAAUUUUAAUAAAAAUACAAUAUUUAAAAAAUUU